CCCGGAAGUGAAAUGCCUUCUGCUUCCGGUGCAAGAGUCAAUCUGUCCCCAUAGCAACCGCAGACACCGCGUCCCAGGCAUGGCCGGUCCUGAAGUUUAUAGAAUAUCUUUUGUAUUUCCAAAUAAUGACAAAUACGAUGGUGAGUGUAUAAGAACACCUGAUGGUGCUUUUGAGAGGCAUGGAGAUGGAGUUCAUACCACCCCUAAUGGAAUUACUUACACAGGAAACUGGAAAAACGAUAAGCUGAAUGGCAUUGGAAGGCUUGAACAUCCUUCAGGGGCAGUUUAUGAAGGCAAGUUCAAGGACAACAUGUUUCAUGGACUAGGAACCUAUUCAUUUCCAAAUGGAGCAAAGUACAUUGGAAAUUUCAAUGAAAACAAGCUGGAAGGUGAAGGAGAAUUUAUAGAUACACAAGGCCUGGAAUGGAGUGGCACAUUUCAUUACACAGCAGCACCAGGACUGAAGCUUAAGCUGGAAAUGUAACUAUUUUGCACUAAAGGUAACAUGUAUUAAAUACUGUUCUUAUGCAGCAUUUUGACUUAAUAGUUGUAACCAAGGUUUACAAUAGCAACUGAUGUCUUAACAUAUUUAUUAGAAAUAAUUUCCCAGGCUACAGACUGUAAAUAAAAUUAACCAAACUAAACAUUCCAUUGUUUUUCUUU